AUGGCAACAUCUUCGGAUAGCGUCAAGUUCCUGCAACUUCGCAACGGUGAUCGCAUUAAUGUAAAUUCGUUCUGUAACAUUACUCACGCUGAUGACUCAAAACUCCCUUCGGAUCAGAAAGCUACCGCCGUUCUCCAGGCAUAUAGAGAGCAUUUCAAAGCUGGAGACAUAUCCGUUCCCGCUGCGGAAUACAAGGCUGUGGAUUCUCAUGUGACUGCCUUGCCCCCUCGAAAACGCCCUGAGCAACUGAUAAAGUUUGUCGAAAAAACUAAGUCCGACUUUGAUCGAAUGGUGGAGUAUGACUGUGACGAAGAGGAUUACCUUUGGAUAAAAAAUAUAAACAAGGAGCGGAAGAAAAAUAAAGCCAGUAUUUUGUUGCCCGAGCAAAUGGAGCAGGUGAUGGACAGACUAGAGAAAGAGAGUCACUUUGAGGUCAAAGGGACGCCAUCAUCAAUUAUGCCCGGCUCUUCCAUGGAUGGCGAUGACGUUUGUUGCGUUUGCGGCGAUGGCGAUGUGAAUAACGUCAACCAAAUAAUCUACUGUGAUAUGUGUAAUAUUGCUGUUCAUCAAGAUUGUUAUGGUGUGCCAUACAUUCCCGAGGGACAAUGGCUGUGCCGCAGGUGCAAACUCUCUCCUUCUGCGCAGGUGGAGUGUUGCUUGUGCCCGAAUACAAGCGGUGCAUUCAAACAGACAAGCGACGGAAGAUGGGCACAUGUCAUUUGUGCUAUAUGGCUUAAUGAGGUCCAUUUCGGGAAUCUUGUGUUUCUGGAGCCAAUUGAAGGAGUUGACGCAUCUCUCGAACGUAGAUGCAAGUUAAAAUGUUUGGUAUGCAGGAAGAAGAUGGGGGCAUGUCUGCAGUGCUCAACAAGGAGUUGUCUUAAGGCUUUUCAUGUCACUUGCGCUCAGCAGUCUGGUAUGACUAUGAAAAUUGAGAGCAGCCUUGACCCCAAUAAUGCUGAAAUGAUGGAUGUGCAGCGCUUCGUCUACUGUCACUUGCAUGCUGAUGAUGACGAAAGUGAUCCAGCUGCCCGUAAAAAGCGAAUGGACGAAGCGAUUCGGCGAGCUCGAAGAAGUAUGGCUGCAAAAACUUGUAAAUCUCCUAGUGUGAACAUGCCAACACUAUCUGUCGAGUCGCUAGAAAGUAUAAAAGCUUUAGCCGGUUUUGACAUUGAAGAUAUAGUGCAGUACUGGUAUCUCAAGAGGAAAAGCCGCUGCGGUGUUCCUCUCAUAAGGAGGUUACAGUUGAACCAGAAAGUAUCUCGAUCUUCAAAUUUCCCUGCUUCUGAACUCGCACAAGAAGAUCAAAGAAUUUAUGAACAGUUCAUGAUGAAACGACGAAAAGUGUCUUCGAUGCUGAUGUCGGCAUUGCUUAAGCCCUUGCCUGUGGUAUUGGAGGAGCUUAUUGAUCGCCUAUCCGAAAAGGAUAAAGAAAAGGUUUUUACUUCUCCGGUUACCGUGGAAGGCUAUCGUGAUUUCAUAAAGCAUCCAAUGGACAUCUCCACGAUGAGGAAAAAACUGGAGAAGGGGAAGUAUGAUUCCAUAGGAGCAUUACGGACUGACGUGCUUCUGAUGACCGACAAUUGUGAAAAGUUCAAUCUGGAGAAUCCUUACUUUUUGCACUACGGUCGGAAAUUCCGUAAACUUGCACUGGCGCUUCUGGAUAAGGAAGAAGAAAGGGAACGUUCUUUAGAAAAGUUGCUAUCGAAUGAAUCGGAGCAGUCUUUCCUGAAGGAGGUGUCGCGCGUGGGCCUAUACGAUGUUUUGGAGGCAGAAGUCAUAAAGGAUGAAAGUGAGCAGGAAUCAGACACAGAGAAGAUUCAAAGGAACAAUAGACCUCGAGCUGUGAAGGACGCCUCUGCUCUCACUACUGAAACAAAGCAUGCUGUUGGUGGUUUGGGGUUAGGAUCAUUCAUGAUCGCAAAGGAAUCAAACGGGGAUCUGUUUAACGUCAACGGUGCUUUACGAGAUUCUCAAUCCUUGAAUGGUGUUUGUGAAAAUCCGAAAUUUAGUGUCAGCGAUGACAAUGCAGCAAUUGCAAGCAAAAAGCAGUGUGGUGGUGAUGAAUUCAUUGUUACAGUCAAAAGUCCCUUCCGUCAAUCGCCUAUCACGAAGUUCCUGUCAUCCACUUCUACUACUGGGAGACGGUCAACUUUACGGCAGCAUGCUGCUGCUCCUUUGAUGGCUUUUCGUGACAACUCUGUGAAAAGUCCGUUGACGGCUGACAUUCCUUCUUCUGAAUCAUCCGCUGAGGAAGAAGACGGCAGAGCGAAUCGUCGUAGAGCUCGACUCGGCGAACAUGCCAAACUAGACAUAGAGUCCGUUGACGGCUGA